AUGAAGUACAUAACACUUUCUUCGCUAGUAGUGUUCUUGUUAAACGAAGCGAUCGCGUUGAAUCUGCCCGGACCUCUAGUGUACGUAGUGACUCCAUCAUCUAGAAGGAUCGAUGAAGGAAGAUCAGCGCCGCAGCCGUUCUACUACCACAACUGGAUGAGGCGGAUGGACUCGCCGCCGAACACUACCACGACGACGACUACCACCACGCCCAGACCCAAGACUCCGGACUUGAUAUUCGCGGAGUUCGAAGCAGACAAGAUGAAGAACAUCAGAAAGCUUUUGGAGAGGGAAAGGAUAGCAACCAAAACGACAUCGACCACGACGACAACAACAUCGAAACCGAUAUACGUGCCUGACGAGAGUGUAGAAGAAGCUCAAAAGGUUAACUAUGGUUUACCACUGUCUGAAAAGAACGAGGUUCAAACGAAAGAAAAAGAUAUGACAGACUAUUUUGCGUUGUACAACAACUUGUAUAACGGAGACAGUGCGCCGCUUGCUCCGGUAUACUUGCCUUCCACGACUCCAUCGUCGCCGAGAACAACGAUUACAUCGACGCUGAGAACGACGACACCCAUAACCACGACUUCCACUCAAGUUCCAGCGCACAACGUAGAGAACAUUUGGCAAAUCAUAGAUAGUCAGAGACACGACCAAUAUUCUGGACAGUGGGACGAGGUACCUAUUGGUGCCGAGAGUGACGAUGAUUCUAAUCAGAAUACUGGUAAACAAGAAGACGAUAAAUCAAACAUGGGUCAUGAAGAGGAAGAAGACGGCAAGAUUGAUGAAAACUUCGCUUUACCUGGAUUUGGUACGAAUCCUGGAAAUGGAGCAGAGAACGAGUCCCGAGCAAUAAGGACGGAGCCUAACAUGCGCUUCCCCUACGUUAAUCUGAAAAACCUGAAGAAACCUCUCCUCAAUGUUUUCUCUAACAGCAAAAAAGGGAACAAUAUGUACACCAGCCUAGAUAAUUUUGUAGAUAUAAAGCAUCCCGUGAGAGGCGAGGUGCAGGACCCAGUUCCAGUGCGUCAGCCUAUCGACCGUUACAACCCAGCGCAGCCGUAUUUGCCUGGAGUAUACGGAACAAAAUCGAAACAAUCUAGUCCAAGUGUAGCGCCUGUGAAGACCGUAGCCAACCUUGUUCCCCCUCCGCUUCCGCCUCCGCCUAAACUGACUGAUAAUGACUUCCCGGCUCCGGCGACGUACGAGCAAUAUCCUCCGUUUGCAUCAUCAGGUCCUGACGCAGGUCCGCCAGCACCCCCUCCCCUCGCCCCGCAGCCUCCCAUGAUGCCGCAACCCCCGAUGGAAUCUUUAGAUGAUUCGUAUUCUAGUCCUGGUGACGACAGUGGCCCUACCAUGGAAUUAGGUUAUAGAUACAAACCUCCUUCGCCUCCUACUCAAAACUUUCUACCAACUCUCCCGCCAUUACAGAAACCAUUUGGGGGUUACUCUUACGAUAAACCACCGAUGACUGCUGAAGCUCCACCGAUGGAAAUGGACGGCAAACCCGAUUUCCAAGGAUACAAUUACGAUAAACCAGCUCCUGCGGUGCCUGACCAACCAGAUUUUCACGGGUACCACUAUAGUAAGCCCGCCGCCCCACCCAAAGAGGCUCCGAGCUACGGUCAUGGACCAUCACCCCACCACGACUCCGAUUAUCCGGAGCUUAUAUAUGACAAGCCGCAUGGAGGCAUGGAUGAUACGAAGGGUGGAGACGAUAUGAAAGCAGACGACAUGGGCAUGGUUCCGCCACCGAUGCCCGACAUGAAGCCAGGCGACGCACACGGCCCGCCGAUGGACGACAGCGGCUUCCCGCAAGAUUUCCCUGGAGACUUCAAAUACCACCACGAUUUUGAUGAUCAUGAUUUCUAUCACCACCAUCAUCAUCAUACCACGACAACGACGACCACAACUACAGAGAUGCCUCGUGUUAACAGAUACAGUUAUUACUACUUGGGAAAGAAGUUGUAUUAUCUGCCUCUUUACUUUAGUGUGUACUUUAUCAUUUAUGUGGGGGCGCUGAUCAUAAAAGCGGUGCUGCGUCACAAGAUCGUGUACCCGAACAGCUGGAGGCCCAACGACGACACCGCAUCGUUUUUCUCCAAACGGUCAGUGGACUCGUGGAACAUGUCUAAUGAAAAUCUGCACGAAAUCACAGGCAGAGUUACUCAUGCUAUUGCCACGGCGGCCGAGAGAUAUAUAGCUAAUAAAAAAGAUGACUAGUAGAAUUAACUGAACAAAAGUGUCGACUACUACUCUAUUACUCUAAUUAGAUAAUUACUCUACAUGAUGUGUAAAUAUAAGUAAUAUAUUUUAGUUUUAAGGUGCAGUUUGUUGUGAACUGGACAUAUUUAAAGGUGAUUGUAAAUGUAGGA